GCAAACUACCAUUGCACAUUCUGCAACGGAGCUAAGCUUAGCUAGAGCGAAGAGAGAUUUGUGCGAUGGGAUGUGGGAAGAAGAGGGCAGCGCUUGCGUCCCUGUUCGGGUUCAAGAACCAGAGGCAGGAGGAGGAGGAGCCCACGGCGGCGAGUCGGCACCAGCAGCAGCUGGCGGCGCCGCAGUUGGGGUACCGGCAUCACAGGGUGCGGCCGAGCGACGACGACGACUACACCCGGCAUUGGUACGCCGAACGCGACAUCGACCGGAAGGCCUCCGAGUUCAUCAACAAGGUCCACCGCCGGAUGCUCGACAACGAGCAAGACGGAUAGUACGUAUAAUCCACCGGCCGGGUCAGCAUGCAGGACCUAGCUAGCACAAAGCCGCCGGGACGUGUGCAUGGUUGCCUUUGUGUGUGUGUGAUCAAUUGCUUUGUUUUGGCUGGGUACUUUGUUGUUUCCAUCUGGCCGGAUGUGUAUGUAACUACCAUGAUCGCGUGUGUUGCGGUGUCUGAUGGAGUGAUGG